AUGUCUAAACGCUUGCGCAGCACGUCCAGAAGUCCGUCGGCUGGUCCGUCUCUGGACCCUAGAUCAAGAUCUUCAUCCCCAGCGUCAUCUACCACCUCCCUUGGACGCACCAAAAUCCACCUCGGGGACCCGGCCAACACGGCCUCCGCCGUGAUGCAUUGCUCCUUACCACCUCACCGGGGCGCAUUGUCAUUCUCCUCUUAUGAAGAAUACGAGGUCCACUACAUGCAAACACAUGUCAACCGAUGUGCAGAGUGCGGGAAGAGCUUUCCCACGGGCCACUUCCUGAGCCUGCACAUUGAAGAGAACCACGAUCCCCUGAUUGCGACGAAACGAGAACGAGGAGAUAAGACGAUGUACAAUUUCUACAUUGUGAACGAUGGCAUCGAUAAGCAGACUUCAUUACUGCGGUCAACGAACCAUCCUAGGCAUCGCAUGACGAAUGCUCCUGCCUCGCCUCAAGAGGACGUCUGCACAAAACUCAGCACCUCGGAAGAAAGGGGAUACUGA